GUUCAGGGCGAGGCUGGCAGCGAGGGGCCAAGGAAGGGGCCCGGGGGGCGGCGGAGGCCCCUCUUCCAGCCCGUCGAGGCGGCAGCUCUGCCCCGGCCGCCCCGCGGAGCCGCUGCUCCCUCCGGCGGCUUCUUUUAACCCGCGCUGGCCGUGAUCUCCUUCGGCGUGCCCUGCUCCCUCUGCCGGGUGUCCGCUUUCCGGUGGGGCUGUCGCGAUAGUUGCCAUCGCAACUUGUCGCCGUCCUCUCCGCGCAGCUCCCGUGUCCCGCCCGGCUGUCCCCUCCUUGCACAGCCCGGCUUGCUGCCCGGCCUGGCGGGCUAUGCAGUUUGGUGGGAGAAGACCAAAAGCAGUAAGCUUUAAAUAAAUCUUAGCCUGUAAUCUGUGCUAGUACACCUGAACUUGUGCUCUUUUUCAGCCCAUUAUAAUGUACCAUAUAAGGCCUUAUGUCUAGCCAAGCUGUCUUCUUAUGCUGUAGGAGACUAUAUUUAAGUGUUGAUGUGUUUUCUGUUCUUUUCCCCUUGCCUGGAAUUCCAGUCUUGUUCCGAUCAGGGUUUUGGGAACGGGAAGUUUGCAGGCAAAGCGGCUCUUCAUCUAGAGUCCGUCAAUGCAAGUAUUGCUGCUGCAGAGGGAGUAGUUGCAGCAGGGAACAGACGCGAAUGGAGAAAUUAGAGAAGAGUAUUUUUUGAUGGAACCACACGUGUUUGGAGCACUUUAUACAGCAAGAGAGUAGGUCAGUGAAAGCAAGGGAAAUUAAAGGUGUCACAUACAAUCCUAGUGAAAUUGCGUGCGGCAGCUUCAGCGAGCUAGCUUUUUCUAAGGUAUAUCACUAGCACAAGUACAGCUUGUGUUUUGGGUAGCAAAAUAUUACCAGGAGCAUUCUGACAAUUAGUUGGGCUUAUGUGUAGGGUUUAUAUUUGAAUUCUGCGAAGGGUGUACUGGUUCUUCCCUCAGGCAGUGCUGUUGGACGUGACGCGAGUAAUUUGAAGACAUGGGAUACCGGUUUGUUGGUUUGUGUGUAAUGUUUGCUCUUGUGCCUAAGCACUAAAGACUCCUUUCACAUAAUUGCUCUUUCAUUUUCCUAAAUAACUUUUAUUAUUCAUUAAGUUUUAAUAAAGACUUGAGUUUCUCUGCAUAUAUAUUUAAUAAAAUUGAUUUAUAUAGUCAGACCAUCUGGCUAAAAAGAUAAAGGUACUCAGAUUUUCCAGUGUGCACCUUAUCAAACAGUUUAAAAGCGUAGCAGAAAUGUAGGCUGUUUCAGUGAUACCAACAUUUAAUCGCCUGCUGUGCACCUUAUGUUGCCUUUUCUUCCCCCUGGUUCACGUUGUUUUACACUAGUCAGACAUGACGAGCGUAGAUCCUGUGGCGUGUGCGGUUACCGGAACUAUCAAGCGCCAAAGAAUCGCCAGCAAGGUUAUGAUGGCUUAAUGGAGAAGGUGCUGAAACAGGAAUUUAGGGGAUUUUCCUGCACCUGACACCCAGACAAAGAUGUAGAUGACUGAGAGGUGUUUUCCCCUUCUGCCUUGGGAUAAAGUCUCUCGGUAGCAGGCCAGGACAUUUCUCCAAGGAAAUGGAUACAUCUUCCCAAAAAUACCCAGUCAAAAAGCGAGUGAAAAUUCAUCCCAACACAGUAACAGUGAAAUAUACUUCUCAUUAUCCCCAGCCAGGGGAAGAGGGAUAUGAGGAUGUUCAUGAAGAUACUGGAGUAUUUACGGAGGAUAAUCCUAAGAAAAGACUACUGAAUGAUGGGAAAAAGAGAGAAAGGCCCUUUUUUGGUACCGUAGACACCAAGCUUCAGCCAGCACAACUGCCAAGACCCGAUGAGAUUGGACAAUCCCAGCAUUUUCCUGAAGGAAAUAUACUGCAGUCAAGGAAAACGUGGGUAGUCCUUUUUGGAUCUGCUGUGGCUCACGGAUGUGUGGCUCUAAUUACAAGAUUAAUUUCUGAUCGUUCCAAAGUGCCAUCCCUAGAGUUAAUUUUCAUCCGUUCAGUCUUACAGGUGCUGUCCGUUACUGUUGUGUGUUAUUACCAUGAGCCUCCCUUUGGCCCCAAAGGCUACAGGCUCCGGCUCUUCUUCUAUGGGGUCUGCAAUGUUAUCUCUAUUACCUGUGCUUAUACCUCCUUCGCUAUAGUUCCCCCCAGCAAUGGGACCAUUAUGUGGAGGGCCACCACUACAGUGUUCAGUGCCAUUUUGGCUUUCUUACUCAUAGAUGAAGGAAUGGCUUACAUAGACAUAAUUACUGUAGUUGGCAGCGUGUUUGGUGUUUGUCUGGUCAUGAUCCCCAACAUUGUUAAGGAGGAAAACUCUCUGCUGAGCACCUGGAAGGAAGCUUUUGGCUAUACCAUGACCGUUAUGGCAGGUUUGACCACUGCUCUCUCCAUGAUAGUCUAUAGGUCAAUCAAAGAUAACAUCAGCAUGUGGACGGCACUGUUCACCUUCAGUUGGACAGGAACGGUGUGGGGAGCGUCCACCAUGUUCUUACUUCAAGAACCAAUCGUCCCACUGGAUGGAGAAACCUGGAGCUAUCUCCUCGCCAUCUGCCUGUGCUCCACGGCAGCCUUCCUGGGGGUCUACUAUGCCCUGAGCAAGUUUCACCCCGCUUUGGUCAGCACCGUCCAACACCUGGAGAUAGUCAUCGCCAUGGUCCUGCAGCUUGUCGUGUUGCGGAUCUUCCCAGGUGCUUAUGAUCUGGUCGGGGGAGCGGUUAUUUUGGUUAGUGUUUUUUUCCUUGCGUGUUAUAAACUGUCCUGGAAGAAUUUAGGAAGACAAGAUUAUCAGGAGAUUGUGGAUUCUUCCAUUAAAUGAAUUGCGGUUUUGCGAUCUGAUUCUGGCUAUGUGACCAUGUGAAAGUAACAUAUUUCAACUCUGUUGUGUUCUAGCAUAGUGGCCAGGUCUUCUCUCUACUGUUUAAAUUCACAGCUGAUGUAGCAGUGUAUUUCCAGAUUUCAAGACAGGUGAAUUUGUUCCAGUGCGUGCAACCACUGACAUUUUGUCACAUGAGAAAAAGCUAUUCGUCUCCAGCAGGUAGGAAGCCCGGGCUGGCCCACAGCAGUGCAGGCCAAGUCACGGGCAUGUUCUCCCUCAGUUUCCCUGGACAAGGCAAUACAGAGACAGAGGGAUUCACUAGUGACUCUCAUUCCUGUGCACUGUGGUAGUAGGAAAAUGAACAGUAAAACCAUUAAAAUGAUCAACCUCAAUAUCAAUAUUCAUAUCCUCUGUAACACUUCUUAUGCUUUGGCUGUGUCAUGGUUUGGGCCAUAUUCUAAAUGAAGUAAUGCUAAUACUUCUGUGGUUAAAACUUGCAUUUCCUGUGUGUAUACAGAAUAAGUCAGUAAAGCUUUUUGUGCUUUG